AUGGGCUUGGAGGCAGAGACACCCCAAAUCUGCCAAGGAUGGGGUGAGCAGCGCCCCGGGGGUGAUGAGACUCCACCCAGGGAAGGGGGUGCCCCCACUUUUGGGGGCGCACAGGCGGACCCUAACCCAGGCCGGCUGCACCCCCUUUUCGGGGGGUUUUGCCUUUUUUUUGGCCGCUUUCCCUCGGGGGAAGCCCCGCUCUGUGCCCGGUGUUCCCCGUUUCCACCGGGGGCAAACCCCCCUUCUCUCCCCGCCGUGCUGCCCCCCACUCCCGUGUCCUUCCCCCCCGGCCCCGUUUUCCCGGCUGGGAGCCCUCUGUGGGGUGCGGGGGUUUUGGGGUGCCGGCUCCCCCCGCAGGAGAACGGCCACGUGAUCUACAACGGGGACAUGACGCCCAAAGCGGGGGUCGAGGUGGCCCCCCAGAACGGGAACGGCUCGGCGGAACCCCCCAAAGAGGAGAGCGAGGGCGAAGCGGGCGGUGCGGACAGCAUCGAACCCGCCCCGGCCGCCGCCGACAGCGGAGACCCCAAAGGCGAAGGGGCCGCGGCCGCUAAGGACGCCCCGAACAAGAAGAAGAAGAAGUUCUCGUUCAAGAAAUCCUUCAAGCUGAGCGGGAUCUCCUUUCGCAAGAACAAGAAAGAAGCCGGGGACUCCUCUGGCUCCUCGCCCAGCGAGGAGCAGGGCAAGAGCGAGGAGACCCCGCCGGGGGGGCUGCAACCCUCGGCUCCCCCCGAGGAGGGAGCGGCGGAGGAGCCGAGCGGCGCCGGGGCCGAGCCCGGGGAUGGAGGAGAAGCCGCGGGGAGCAAAGAGGAGCAGGAGGAGGAGGAGAAACAGCAGCAGGGAGGGGAGAGCCAGGCAGACACAGCCAAACCCGAGGAAGCCUCGAAAACCGCGGAGCCCACAACGAGCCCGGAGCAGAAGGAAGAGUAGAGGCCGCUCGGGCACCGUCCUCACCGGGGAGCGUCACACCGCGCCCCCCCCCCCCCCCCCCCCCCCCCCCCCCCCCCCCC